GAGAAGAUGGCUGAUGUUAGCCUGAAGGAAGCAGCACUAAUAGUUGGUGUGGUGGCAGCCUGCUACUGGAACAGUCUCUUUUGUGGCUUUGUUUUUGAUGAUGUUUCAGCAAUUUUGGACAAUAAAGAUCUGCAUCCUUCUACUCCGUUAAAAAAUCUGUUUCAGAAUGACUUCUGGGGCACACCAAUGUCUGAGGAGAGGAGCCAUAAAUCUUACCGUCCCCUUACAGUCCUCACCUUCCGCUUAAACUACCUGUUCAGCGAGUUAAAUGCAGUUUCUUACCACUUCCUAAAUCUGGUCUUUCAUGGGGUGGUUUGCAUAGUCUUCCUCAAGGUCUGCAAGCUUUUUCUGGACAAGAGGAGCAGUGUCAUUGCAUCCUUGCUCUUUGCAGUGCACCCAAUACAUACGGAAGCGGUCACUGGAGUUGUGGGCAGAGCAGAGCUUUUAUCAUCUAUCUUUUUUCUAGCUGCUUUUUUGUCAUACACAAAAUCUAAAGGACCAGAUAAUACCAUAGUGUGGACUCCAAUUGCAGUGACUGUGCUUCUGGUAGCUGUUGCAACACUGUGUAAGGAACAAGGAAUAACAGUGGUGGGCAUAUGCUGUGUGUAUGAAGUUUUUAUUGCUCAAGGGUACACUUUGCCAGUGCUGUUGGACACAGCUGUACAGAUUCUUCGAGGCAAGGGCAGUAUUCCUUUCUCCAUGCUCCAAACACUCUUGAAGCUCAUAGUCCUAAUGUUCAGCACACUGCUGCUUGUUGUUGUCAGAGUCCAGGUUAUCCAGUCUCAGCUUCCAGUGUUUACAAGGUUUGAUAACCCAGCUGCUGUUAGUCCAUCCCCAGCAAGGCAGCUGACUUUCAACUACCUCCUCCCUGUGAAUGCUUGGCUUCUACUCAACCCCUCAGAAUUAUGCUGUGACUGGACAAUGGGAACUAUUCCUCUGGUGGAGUCUUUGUUAGAUGUUAGAAAUGUUGCCACCCUUACCUUCUUUUGCUUCCUGGGAUCUUUGAUUGUCUUCAGUCUCCGAUAUCCUGGGGAUUCCUCCAAGACUGUGUUGAUGGCACUCUGCUUAAUAGUGCUGCCGUUCAUUCCUGCAUCAAACCUCUUCUUUCCUGUGGGGUUUGUGGUGGCAGAACGAGUGCUUUAUGUUCCUAGCAUGGGAUUCUGCAUUUUGGUAGCACAUGGAUGGAAGAAGUUAUCCAACAAAAGUGUGCUAAGAAAACUUUCCUGGGUCUGUUUGACUGUGGUGCUCUUCACUCAUGCCUUAAAAACACUGCACAGAAACUGGGAUUGGGAGUCGGAGUACACCCUGUUUAUGUCAGCUCUAAAGGUAAAUAAGAACAAUGCCAAGCUGUGGAACAAUGUGGGGCAUGCACUAGAAAACGAGAAGAAUUUUGAAAGAGCUCUGCAGUUCUUCAUACAAGCCACACAAGUGCAACCAGAUGAUAUUGGUGCCCACAUGAACGUAGGAAGAACUUACAAGAACUUAAACAAAACUAAAGAAGCUGAAGAAUCAUACAUGAUUGCUAAAUCACUGAUGCCACAGAUCAUUCCAGGUAAAAAAUAUGCAGCAAGGGUUGCUCCUAACCAUCUGAAUGUUUACAUCAACCUGGCAAACUUAAUCAGAGCCAACGAAUCUCGCCUGGAGGAAGCAGAUCAGUUGUAUCGCCAAGCGAUCAGCAUGAGGCCAGAUUUCAAGCAGGCUUACAUCAGCAGGGGAGAGCUGCUUCUGAAAAUGAACAAACCUCUGAAAGCUAAGGAAGCUUAUCUUAGAGCUCUGGAGCUAGACAGAAGCAAUGCAGACCUGUGGUACAACCUGGCAAUAGUCUACAUUGAGCUGAAGGACCCAGCAGAAGCCCUGAGGAACUUCAACCGAGCGCUUGAGCUCAACCCAGCGCAUAAGCUGGCCCUCUUCAACUCAGCACUGCUGAUGCAGGAGUCUGGUGAUGCUCGGCUCAGACCUGAAGCUAGGCAGAGGCUGCUGCAUUAUGUGAAAGAGGAACCCCAGGAUGCAAAUGGCUACUUCAAUUUGGGAAUGCUGGCCAUGGAUGACAAAAAGGACACAGAAGCAGAAGCCUGGAUGAAGAAAGCCAUCAAGUUACAAGCAAACUUCCGCAGUGCUCUGUUCAAUCUGGCACUGCUUUACUCACAGACAGCAAAGGAGUUGAUGGCUUUGCCUGUCCUAGAAGACCUACUGAGAUACUACCCAGAUCAUACCAAAGGUUUGAUUUUGAAAGGAGACAUCCUUAUGAACCAAAAGAAGGAUAUUGUUGGAGCAAAAAGGUGUUUUGAAAGGAUUUUGGAGCUGGAUCCCAACAAUGUCCAAGGCAAACAUAAUCUGUGUGUGGUUUACUUUGAAGAAAGAGACUUAAUAAAAGCAGAAAGGUGUUUGGUUGAAACACUGGCACUGGCACCUCAUGAGGAGUACAUCCAACGUCACCUAAGCAUAGUUAGAAGUAAAAUUGCAUCAUCCAGUGCUACAGAACAAUCAGCACCUCCAGCAGGUGGAACUGGGACAGGGACUGCAACUGCAGCAGCAGAAGGAAAAAAAACCUCAUUUCAAAACUUGAACAAAGUCAAAAAUGAGCAGAAAGCUACUCAAGCAACAGCUGAGGACAAUAAAGGACACUCCAAAAGUAAGAAACGAACAGAGAAAGCCAAUAUGGACAAAGAGGAGACCCCUAAAAAGUCCUCAAAAGAAAUCAAAGAUAUUGAGAAAAAGAGGGUUGCUGCUCUGAAAAGACUGGAGGAGAUUGAGAGGAUAUUGAAUGGUGAAUAGUCUUCAUCAGCUGCCAGCAGGACCAGGGCAGGAGGCUGGUUUUGAUUAGGAAUGUGUGAUGCAGCUGGAAAGUGGUCUGAGAAAUAACUGACUGCAUAUCACUGAGCAAGCAGCAAGAGG